AUGUCCAAAACAGAUAUUAAUCUCCAACCCAAGAUGGCUAAGAAGCCUCCGUUCUCUGUUGAGGUCCCCGGCGCCGAACCCGUCCAAGGCGAGACCAAGCCCCGUCGUCACCUCCGCUCCAAAGACGGUCUGAUCCUUCGUCCUGCCCCAGAUGUUGGCACCACCUACGACGUCUUCAGACGCUCCGCGCGGCUGUUCGGAAACGCAAAGGCCGUGGGUACCCGGAAGCUGAUCAAGACGCACAUCGAGAACAAGAAGGUGAAGAAAGUCAUUGACGGGGUUGAGCAGGAGGUGGAUAAGAAGUGGACGUAUUUCGAGAUGAGCGGGUACCAGUACAAGAGCUUUGUGGAGUAUGAGCAGUUGGCGCUGCAGUUGGGUGCUGGGUUACGGAAGUUGGGAUUGGAGAAGGAUGGUAAGAUUCAUCUUUAUGGUGCUACUAGUGCAAACUGGUUAGCCAUGUCUCACGGUGCCGCGUCGCAGUCGGUUACUAUUGUCACCGCUUAUGAUACCCUGGGCGAAGAAGGAUUGAAGCAUUCGCUCAAGCAAACCUCCAGUACUGCCAUUUUCCUCGAUCCCGUCUUGAUUCCCUCGCUUCACAACGUUCUCAACGAUGUCAAGUCGAUCAAGCAUGUUAUCUACAACACCGACCAGGAGCCCAAGCAGGAGGACUUGGACAAACUCAAGUCCGAUUUCGACUACCUUAACAUCAUGAGCUUCGAGGACUUGCGGAAGUCUGGCGAGGAGAACCUGGUCGAUCCUGUCCCGCCGGCGUCGGAGCACCUUUGCUGUAUCAUGUACACCUCUGGAUCGACCGGUCCGCCAAAGGGCGUUCCUUUGACGCACGCCAAUGUCAUUGCUGCCACCGCCGGUGUCAACGAGAUUGUUGGCGAUUAUAUCGGCCCAUCCGACACUUUGCUCACGUACCUCCCGCAAGCCCAUAUCCUCGAGUUUAUGUUCGAAAACCUGUGUCUGUUCUGGGGUGGUACCAUGGGAUACGGUAACCCGCGUACGUUGUCCGAAGGCUCGAUGCGCAACUGCAAGGGCGACAUCAAGGAGCUCAAGCCGACGAUUCUUGUCGGUGUUCCCGCCGUGUGGGAGACGGUGAAGAAGGGUGUGUUGGGCCAGUUGAACAAGAACAGCUUUUUGGUCAAGAGUCUUUUCUGGGGCGCCAUGUCCGCCAAGAACUUCUUGCUGUCGACUGGACUCCCUGGUUCCGGUUUUGGAACAUGGUUUUUGGACAACAUGAUCUUCAAGAAGCUUAAGGAAGCCACUGGUGGUCGUCUACGGAUUGUCAUGAACGGUGGUGGCCCGAUCUCCAAGGACACUCAGCAGUUCUUAUCUAUGGCUAUUGCGCCGAUGAUUAGCGGAUACGGUCUGACGGAAACGUCUGCCAUGGGCGCUCUCAACGACCCGAUGGCCUGGAACCCCAACGCUCUCGGUGAAAUCCCCGCGUCGGUGGAGGUUAAGCUGGUCGAUUUCCCUGACGCCGGAUACCUCACCAAGAACAACCCUCCACAAGGAGAGAUCUUCAUUCGCGGCGGUAGUGUGACAUCACACUACUGGGAGAAUGAAGAAGAGACCAAGUCCGCAUUCGCUGAAGGUGGCUGGUUCAUGACCGGCGACAUUGGCGAGUUCGACAAGUACGGCCACCUGCGGAUCAUCGACAGGAAAAAGAACCUGGUUAAGACGCUGAACGGCGAAUACAUUGCCCUUGAGAAGCUCGAAUCUGUGUACCGCUCGUCGCCUAUCGUCGGUAACAUUUGCGUCUACGCUGCCGAGGACCAGGCGCAGCCGAUCGCCAUCAUCGUGCCUGUCGAAGCUGCCUUGAAGAAGGUGGCUGAAGAGAGCAAGGUCAGCGGUGAAGCGACCUUGGAGUCGCUUGUUCAGAACGAGGACCUCAAGUCUGCUGUGUUGAAGCAGUUACAGAACACUGGUCGGACCCUUGGACUUAAGGGUAUUGAGAUUAUCAGUGGUGUUGUGUUGUCGGAUGAGGAGUGGACUCCUCAGAAUGGCUACAUGACUGCUGCCCAGAAGUUGCAGCGCAAGAAGAUCCUCAACCGACACCAGGAUGACGUCAACAAGGCAUACGGCAAGAAAUAA